GCAAUGCACCAUGUAAGCUCAGAAUGAUCUAGAUUUCCACUCCAGCACCUUUUGCUCUGCAGAUAUUGCAAUUGCUCAAGUCUAAGAAACAAAGAAAAUGCCUGAACGAGGCACAUCAGAGGACAAACUUUUAGUGCCGGGAAGAUACCUUAUCGAAUACAAGUGCCUUGGUAAGGAUGGUCACACUUGGAGGAGCCUUACAGGAAAAUCUGGAAAAAAGAAAAAGAACAAUAAAAUUUGCCGUAGAUGUAAUGCUAGAGCCACUGCCUCCUGCAGACCACUUAAAAGAGGAGAUAUUCCAGAAGACAAGCGCUUGUGGGGCAAGUUUACAUGUACUACAUGUGCAAAUGAAUGGUCCAGUGGGAAUGCUUGGAAAGGUUAUGCUCAGGAGUGCAAGAAGCCAGGAUGCAAGACACCAGUAGUAACAUGGGUGCUGAGCUUCCUCAUGAGAGGAGGUAGCAUUGGUGACAGAGCCCAUGAAACACGUUUGUGUGCUAAAUGUGAUGAAGUUGGAGACUGUCGCAAAUGGAGGAAAUGAAACUCAAUCAGAAUAUAAUUUAUCAAUAUACAGAGUUAUGUAGCACAUUUUUACAAGUCAUGCUAAUUGAUGUAGUACAUAUGUAAAAUGAAUUUUUCCAUAUUAAUUCAAUGUACUUUGUAAUUAUUUUGAAAUUAUUUGCAUCCUAUGACCAAUUCAA